AUGAAGACAUUCUUCAGCGAUCUUGAUGUACUGGAAAAAAUUCUCGAAUUGGUCUAUGAUCGCGCUAAAGUAGUUACGGGAAUUUUUCGUGCAACACACGACGAAGCUCUAUGUGCUGUUCUUCGUUGGUCAGGACUUGUUGAACAUAGUAGUAGAAAGAUUUGGUAUACACAUGUGUAUCGAAUGGGAAUAAUCAUGUUGAAUUUGAUUGAUCGACGACAAGUGACCAAUGCGAUCUGUAUUCAAUUUAUUCAAGCACUUCAGCAGAGAAUAGUUGAUAAUGAAGAAUCAGACGAGGACGCAGAGAGUAUUAAUCCCAUGAUGGAUCCAUUCUUUGUUGUGAAUGGUCUCGAUGCACGUGUCGAUAUGGUUGACAGUCGUUUGAAUGUUGUGACCGAGCAAGUAGAAGAGCAAGCACGCGAAAUCGAGCGGAUUGAUGCAAAAACUUUGAGCUAUGUUCCUGGCGACUGGGGCUGUGAAGUCACCAAACUGCUCAAUCGUCAAGCCAACAACGACUGGCGUUUGCUUAAACGCUUCGGCUGUUCGACCAGUGAACUACGUCAUUGGGCCCUGCAAGCAGAUCCGACGAUGACUCUUCUUAACGAAUGGUUCAUGGCACACAAAGCCGACGAAGCAACCUAUGGUCUAGAGAAGAUACUUGACAACCAUUUUGACACUGAAGAGUCACCUGGAAGAAGCUGGCUACUUAUGUUGGAUGAACACAGGCUAGAUGGGUGGCGGCGACAAAUUGUUCGCGAAAAUCGACAGUGGCAUUCGUGGAGCAAAAGUAGUGAUAUGUUGCAUGAACAGGGCCUAUGCUCAGUCGGACAACUGUUCACGUGA